CUGUUGGUGCCCCACACCCGUUUCACGGCUCAGAUCGGGGCCCUCGCCCGGCGCUUCCUGCUCAACCCCGGGGGGGUCUUCGACAGGGCGGUGGCCCUGGGCCGGCGGGGGCUGCUGGCCCUGGUGGCCCGGGGGCUGCGGGAGCUGCGCUGGCGCUCGCUGGUGCUGCCGCGGGACCUGCGGCACCGGGGGGUGGCGGCCACCAAGCGCCACCACUUCGGCAACGACGCCACCAAGGUGUGGGGAGCCAUCCGCAGGUUCGUGUCAGGCGUUCUCCGCCUGUACUACCCCUCCGACGCCGCUGUCCAGGAGGACCCCGAGCUCCAGGCCUGGGUGGGGGAGAUCUUCAGGAGGGGCUUCCUGGGGCGGCGGCGCUCAGGGGUCCCGUCCCGGCUGGACUCUCGCCGUGGCCUGGUCACCUUUGUCACCACGGUGAUUUACACCUGCUCUGCUCACCACGCGGCCACCAACAGCGGCCAGUUUGAGCUGUCGGCGUUCCCCCCGAACGCCCCCGCCGCCAUGCGGGAGCCGCCGCCGCGCUCCAAGGCCGCGCUGUCCGAGCGGGAAUUCCUGGCGGCGCUGCCGGCCAUCAACACCUCGGCCAUGGUGCUGGCCGUGCUCUGGGUGCUACGGAACGAGCCCCUGGACAUGCGUCCCCUGGGCCAUUACCCCGAGCGCCAUUUCACCGAGGCUCCCCCCCGGCGCCUGAUCCGGCGCUUCCGGCGCCGCCUGCGCCGAAUCUCCCGGCAAAUCCGCGCCCGCAACCGCGGCCUGGAGCGGCCCUACCCCUACCUGGACCCCGCCAACAUCGAGAACAGCGUGACCAUCUGAGACAGCCCCAAAACAACCGGAAAUAC